CUUCGCGCCGCAUCAUGCCCCCUCUAUCGCAAUACCACUUUGAAAUCCUGCCCCACGACGAGGCGAGUGUCCAACAAUGGGGUCCCAAAUACAUCGAAUUCCGCUUGAACGCCCUGAAAACAGCCCCUGACAGCUUCGGGUCAUCCUACGAAAAAGAAGCAAGCAUGUCCGACGCCGAAUGGAAGUCAACGCUCUGCGAGCCUGCGUUUCGAGUCAUCAUCGCUGUUCCCCGAGCCGACGAUGGUGCCCUCCAGACUCCGAUAUGGGAGAAUGAGUGGGCGUUGAUUUCCAGUCUCUACGGCCCGCGCUGCCACCACGAGCCCUACCACGACAAUGAAGAUGACUGUAAUGAGUCGUCUUGGUUCCUAGGAACCUCGUUUGUUUCUCCUCACCACCGGCAGCGGGGCAUGAUCCUCGAGGCCUUUGCCACGGCGGAGCGAGCGGCUGUCAGCGAGGACAGACAGACGUUCCAAAAGCGACACCAAGCGCAGCAGCUUCGGCGCCCCUCGUCGGGGCAUCGACCAUAUCAUUUCCGGACGCGCAUGUUGGGCUUGAGUGCUACCACGAAUCCCACCGUCUUGAACUACUACCGAAAAACUGGACUGGAAGUCUCGCAUACCAUCAGGAGGGGGGACAUACCUCGACUGUGGAGGUGGAAGAUAUCGGUCAGUCCCGACAAGGUGGAGGGUCUGACAACUAUAUUGGUGAAGAAUAUUCCAUGGGACGGCGAGGGCAAUUUGGCACGGCUGUAACCAAACUAUUUGGACUUUGAAGUAAAUGUGGUGCCUGGCGGGGUGUUCAACUUGAUCGUAGUUGCUGAAGAUGAGCUUUCCCUCACAGUAUAAUAUUCAAAGCAAGUUGGAGUUAGAUGCCUUUCUCUCAUGGGAUUCGGGCUUAUUGGUGUUGAGAG